AUGUCGGAUUCGCUUCCCAAAUCGUUCUUCUCUAGCGGUAACUCUGCUUUCGCGGUCAUUGAUCCGACCACGGGUAAAUUUCAUCGCCGCUUAGACCGCCAUGGCUUCUUGACCAGCGGGCUUGGGCGCCACGUUGCCAUAUCCUACGUCUGGAGUGAAUGGAAACGAGAUCCUGCAGUGGAUAGGCUUCCAGACUGGGAAGCGGUGCGAUCGCGCCUGUCCUCGGUUGUGGGAAGCACGGCACCGAAGAACCUGAGGCCUGAGACGGGUAGCUCAGGUCGCUGCUGGAUAGACUGCAAAUGCAUCGAUCAAUCAUCAGAUACAGACAAGGCGUACUGGAUCCCGCGGAUGGACGAGAUUUACUCGGAAGCUCGCUGCACGGUGUUACUACUGCGCCAUGUCGACUUGACUCCUUUGCAAGAAUUGGCUGGCAAGGCAUCAUGCCAAUACAAGGGUCGACUCAAUUCCGUCGAUGAAUUGCUCGCACCUCACAACUGUCUUUUGAAUCAAGGCUCCUGCACCGAGCUUCUCAAUCUCGGGGCUGCAGAAGAGCAGGCUUCUCUCGACUGCCUCAAGAGCUUGGCAACAGGACAAUGGCGGCGGAGGGCUUGGGUUCUGCAGGAAAUCCUUCUUUCCGAAAACUAUCUUUUGAGCUGGGGUCCUGGAGAAAGCGGAUGGAUGCGCCUCGAGGAUGCGGGUGUCAUUGCCGAUAGCCUUUUCCGCAGACACGGCAAAGAGACGUGGCUGGGCGAGUUUGCCAACUGGUGCCGUCGUCUUUGGUAUCUACGACAAAACUACGGCGAGGCGCAGAAGUACGAGCUAUGCGACGGCAACGUCUUGCAACUCUCGACACAGCUGGAGGCCACUGUGCCUGCGGACAAGUUCUACGCUCUGUGUGGGGUUCUGAGGCUCAAGAGCGUUGGCUACGAUGCAAAGCACACUGCCAACGAGGCACUGCAGAACGUCGUUGGAGAGCUGGUGCGGAAUGGCCGUCUCUCUUGGAUGUACGCCAUACGGCCUGUUAUGACACAGCCAACGACGUCUGGCUCGGCGCCGCUGCGGAUUUCGAGCGAGAGCUUGGGCCCUUUUGUCCUGUUGAGACUCAAAUCACGACUUAUGGCGAACAAGCAAAAGAUGGAGAUGACCGAGUCGCACAUGACGGUGAAGGCGAUAAGAGUCGGGACAGUGUCUUCGACUAGUUCAUUGAGAGACUACUUGAGUCAAGCUACUGCGCUCACUGCGCAGCAAGCCUCGACUGAUGGCCCUCCCAGCUCAGACGACCUGUUCAUGGCCCCAGCCGUGGCCAGACGAUUGGCAAUCGACGUGGUUGAACCGCUUCUUGCGACCAAGAUGCUCGAGAUAUUGUGCGAGGGCUUGGGAAUACCCAAUGAUCAAGGAUCUCGGCAAAGAGCAGCGAGUAUGCUCAUGGGAUUGUAUUCUCAUGGUGUGCAGGCAACGUCACCUGGCUCGAGUCCUUCUGGGAGUCAAAAGAGCCAGAAAAUGGCGCUUGCUGCUUCAUGGUCUCUUCAACGCCAAUUAGCGCCUCUUCUCGAUGAAUUCCAGAUUGUGAGAUACUCUUCUGGUGACCAACAAGAACAAAGUCUUAAUCACCAAAUGGUUCUUGGUAGCCCUAUAGUCACCGUGGGUUCGAUUGUCUAUGCAGUCAAAGGAGACGAGGAACUCUUGUUUGCGGCAAGCGAGUCAGUAGAUUCUGAUGGCUCUGCCGCUUUCCAAGGCAUGAUUUUGCAGCUUCAGGCUGGCGAGGCUUUGGGCCCAGUGGGUAGUAGCUUGUUUACCUCUCAGUUUUGGAUAUGGAAGAAACAGAAUGAGGAUCAGGCAACACAGAUCAAAUUCAGGACUAUAGUAUAG